AUGAACGUCAUAGACUUAAGUGAUCCAGCCACUAAUGUGGAUUAUGAUAGCUUAAUUGGUAUUAAUGAUGGGGAAUCUCAAGAAAUUUUUGAAAAUGAAGUGAAGGAGGAUGAACAACAGGAAGAGGGGGAAGAAGCAUCUUCAAAAAAAGAUGGACUCAUCGUUGAACCAAGACGUGACGUUGAAAGUUUGAGAAGAGCCAUUCGGGAUCAGUUACUCUUUAAGGUGUAUAGGCAAAGCCAAUUGGAUUCUGCAGAUGCGAGAAAGGUGACUAGCGAUGAAGACGAUGAAAGUCGUCAACAAAAACUAGAAAGAAUAAGACAAGAGUUGGAGGAGUUGAGGACAGAAGAUUCAACACCUGAAAUGCAAACCGAUAUUAAGGAAUUAUGCCAACUUCAAUCAAAGUUGGCGACAGAGUCGUCCAAUAGAUUCGCCAGUUUGAGAAAGGAGCUUAUCGAAAAAUAUGAAGGCCAAGAUACCGUGAUAUUGCCUAACAUAAAUCUUGAUACGACCACUAUCAAAAGGUUACAAAGGUUAGAUCAGAAAAUGUCCGAGAUGGAAAGUUAUGUUGGUAAUCCAGAAGCUUUAGAAGCUGAAGAAGAUAGGAAAUCAGUUUAUAGUAAAGUCAAUGAACUAUAUAGAAGCAUUCAACUUUUACAAGGCGAUGAUAAGGAGAAAGGAAAACUGCAGAAGUUCCGGGAUAGACUCGUGGACCUGAAUGAAGAAUUUGAAAAUUCUUUGUUAGGUAAGAAAAUUCAACAAGACCCAAGAUUAAAAGACGAAACCAUGAGCAAAGUUAUUAAGCCGGAAAACAAAAUAAACGAAAUAAAUAUUAUGUAUUCAAUGUUCAAGGAAUACCAAGAUUUGCUGCCAUUGUUAGCGGAGAGAAUGAAAAGUCUCAAUAAAAUGAACAAUAGGGUGGUGGAAGUGUACGAAACCACGAAAGGGCUGGAUUCGCAAAUAACCAGCAUCCAAGAACAAGAAAAAUUAUGGCUGAAGGCUUUAAAUGAGUUGGAUAAAAAAUUCGAUGAGCAAGAGGUAAAAAUUCGCCAAAACAUGGAGCAGAUCAGGCGCAAAAUCGAUACCCUCGAAGACAAAGCUCUACAAAGGGAUAGCAAAUAA